AUGGCACCUGUGGAAGCUAUAUCGCAACAUUUAGCUGAGAAGCUACAUAUCUCAGCUCCUGGUAGCCGCUCUUAUGAGGAUCAAGAACAAAGUAAGCCGGUGUUAAGUCCUAUCAGCAGGCGCUUCUGCCAUAUCCACGACAUGACGAUUCAUACGAUUCGCCAAGCGUGGAUAUUGUUGUUGAACUCAACGGCAUACAAGUUUAAUGGCUACCUAGAAGGGAAUGCGAUAUUUCCAGAUGUCAAACAGUUUUUCAAGUAUACGAAGUACUCCGCAAUGCUUUACACUUUCAACUAUGCCGUCGCUUUGAUUUUGUGCGACUUAGUUAAGUAUGAGUGGCCGCAUUCAACUAAAAAAGGGUUUGGUAAGGGUACAGGUCGACCAAAACCAGAGCCCUACGCAGUGGUCAUCUUGGCCAUGGUGGUCCUGCCAAGUUACCGCGGUAUAAAUCUUUCAAAACACCUUUUCCAACACACCGUGAAGAAGGCCAAUGAAGCACGUAUUUACAAGAUGUUUGCUGUGGCCGAUGAGAAGGGCGCCGAGGUAUAUGCGAAGCUUGGCUUCACUACGUGUGAAACUUCACCGGUUAACCUGGAUGAGUUACGGGUAACAAAGGCUGACGGUAGCAAGGUAGAGCUUUUCGUAAUGGAGAAUACAAUUUUCGCUUCACAGUCAGCGUAA